AUGAUGAGAGAAGAGACACACGAUAAUGAUGACCGCACGGAAUUAGAUGAUGAGGAGGGGAAUGAUGAUGAUGUUGAUGAUGAUAACCCCCACCCCGCAGAAGCUGUUGCUGAUGCCAAUCAUGGCGACACUGCUGAAGACAUGGACAUUGCUGAUGCCGAUCAAGAUGUUGAUGGUGACCAGGACAUGGCAAUUCCUGAUGCUGAUGCUGAUCAAGACUUUGAUGGUGUUGCUGAUGCCUAUGUUGAUUCUGACACUGAUGUUGACAAUCCAAACUUUUUUCCAGCAGCUCACGAUAUGUCCGAUUCAGACAAUUCUGAUAUCGAUAGGCCCUUACCUGAUGACAAUGCUGGUGAUAAUGUUAGGGGGCGUGGUAGGGCACGAGGGAGAGGGAGAGGUGGGCCAAGAGGGAGACCAAGAGGAGGUGGGCCUGGUAAGGGGAAUGGGCGUGGGCAGAACCAAGCUAGAGGUCAAGGUCAGGAUAGAGCCAGGGGCAGAGGAGAUGAUUUUUUGGAUGACUUGGUUGAGAAUACCAACCUGUAUGCUGCUAAAACAAUGCCACCUGAUGUCCCUGACCCUGCCAACCCCUAUGCAACUUCCCACAAGGAAUGGAAGACAACAACAACUGAGGAAAUGAAGGCUUUUAUUGGGAUAAAUAUCCUGAUGGGAAUCAAGCAGGUGUCUGAUUACAGAGAUUUCUGGUCGCAAGACACAGCUCUUCGUGAUGAGUACAUCACAUCAAAAUUUCCAAGGAGGGCAUAUGAAAGGCUUUGCCGAUUUAUUCAUUGCAGUAACCCUAAUCAGGUCAAUGCAAAUGAUAGAUUGGACAAAGUCCGCCCUCUCAUCACUGUCCUGGAUCGAACCUUUCCAGCCAUGUUCAAUUGA